AUGCAUCAGUCAACCACACCAAAGAGAGUGAUCUACGAGCAUCAUGGAAUUGAAUUGGACGCCAGCAAGAUCGUAUGGAAUAAAGUGGUGAUAUUGAAAGCGCAGCCAAGGGGGCUCAUCGCCAACUACCCCGAUGAAGCUGCAAUUCAGUCAACAUAUGUGAAGAAGUACGGAGAUUAUCGAAGUCUCCUUGGUCAAGGACAAACGAAACUCGCCGAACUCCACUCAUUGUAUGAACUCGGACGCAACCGACUUCUUCAAUUGGAUCCCUCACGAGAAGAUCAAUUGCCAAAACCAGAAGAAAUUCAGUCAGCUGACACAACAGCGCGGAGCCAAAAAGAAGAAGAACAACAACCAGCGGCAGAAGAAACCCCUAUCGUCAUACGUUCUACAAACAUCGAACCAACAACUCCGAUUGGCACUGCACAAUCUACACAAUGGCUACCGAUGAAAGUCAACCUCCCGCAGAUCACUUCACCAACUUUCAACGGAAAUAUCGAUCAGUAUCUCGAAUUCAAGGAGCAGUUCCAAUCAAUCCUGAACCACUUGAACGUUGAUGAUGUCACCAAAUUGAAGUACCUCAAAACGUCUGUCACUGGUGAAGCAGCUGAUUUACCCCGCAGCAUUCCAAUCAUCCCAUCAAACUUGCAAGUAGCUUGGAAAUCACUUGAAGAAAUGUACGGAGGCGAAAUUCGAAUCAAACAUUCCCUACUGCUCAAACUUCGCCAACUGCCAGAUUUGUCUAACAACAAGAAUCCCGCCGAUUUACAAAGCUACACGAUUCAAGCCGCUAUGAUCUUCGAACAACUACUGAACAUGCACUCUGACAUCGACAACCUCUCAACUUGCGAACUGAUUCAAUCGAAACUUCCGAAAAGAAUAAUCCACAAGCUGUACGGACCAGGAGAAUCCCAAUGCCCCAAAUCAACAAAGGAACUACUACAAAAAAUUAAGGAAAUCUCAAAAGCGGAGCGAUUGGUAGCGGAAAUUCAUAACAAGACCUCCAACGGACACCGGAAUGUGACCACAAUGUCAGCAGUCAACAACCAAUACCACCGAAGAAACCAGGACCACAGACAACAAACCAAUGGACAAAAUCAACCACCCAGACAACCAGUCAAAAUACCAUGUGCACUGUGUGCCGAAGAACGAAUGAUGCAUCACCCUCACCUUUGCCGGAAAUAUAACUCAAUACAACUUUGUAAGGAACGGAUUACCGAACUCGGAUUAUGCUACAAAUGCUUGCAACGCGGACACAUUGCCAAACGAUGCUCAUCAAACUGCCGGAACUGUCAAGGAAAUCACCAUGAGUCCAUUUGUCAAAGAUCAAUUGGACAGAAUCAAAACUCCAGGAACCAAUCUUCACGUCAAGGAAUCAUCACAGGACAACAAAAUCAACACGCCAAUCGUCAACCCACACAUAUGCAGCACUCCUCAUCUCGGCCAACAGCAAACAUGCUCACCGGAAAUUCCACUGGACACGGAAAUAGUAACAACAACGGAUACCAAGGAAACGGAAACAAGAACGGACAUGGAAGUUCAUUUGGGAACUCGGACACCAACGGAUAUCAACGCUACCAAAGACGACAAUUUCAACGAAAUCAAAAUCAGAGCCACUACACGCACGGAACUCACGAACAAACACACUCCAUCUUUGCCGACGAAACACCAGACGACAUUCUAGCCGUGACUCAUAUCAACAACACAGAGCACGACCAUCCGGACAACAAACUACAUCUCUACGUCACACCCCAAGAGGCUACAUUGGAAACAAAUACGGACACACAACCUUUGGAUUCUCUGGAGCAGAAUCCUCUUCCAGUCAUAAUGAUGACCAUCGAUCUACCCUUUCUCGACAAGGACGGAAAUGAACACAUCGGCACCAUCUUCUUGGAUACAGGAUCCAAUACCAGCUACAUCUCAUCAUCAUUUGCUGAACGACUACAACUUCUCCCAAUCGGUUCAAAGAAACUUCGGAUCAAUACUUUUGGAUCAAUCGACACUCGGUCAAUGAUUUCCAACAUCUUCAACGUACUGAUCAAAACGAAAACAUCAACAAAAUCGAUCAAUCUGUGUGAAGUACCACACAUAGCCAGCAACAUAAUCGCAGUGGAUGCAGAUAAAAUUACCUGCGACAAGCUCCUUCAAGGAGAGGAAAUUCAAUUGAACCGCCAACACAAAGACAUCGAUGUGCUCAUUGGACUUGAUCACUACCUUCUACUUCUCGGACAAGUGAAAACCCUUCGCUUAUCUUCUGGACUUCAACUUCACAUCACGGACUGCGGACAUAUCCUUUCUGGAAAGGAACACCCUCAACAAAACGUCAUCACCUUCUCCAACAUCGUCAACAACCAAAACACCAAGGACGAUUUAUGUGAGCAACUUCAAAAAUUUUGGUCACUGGAAUCAAUCGGAAUCAAGGAUAUCAAUCCUCAGUGCAAAGCAGAAGAAGAAACAAACCAGUUUUUUCAUCAGACGACUACUCGCCAAGCAGAUGGCCGAUAUGUAGUACGACUCCCAUAUGCAGAUCAACGAAACAUUCCUUCAAAUCGCGCUCUAGCAUACGGACGACUACAGAGUGCUCUUCGACAACUCGAAAAGAACCCGGAAAUGCUCAAGAAAUAUGCUGCCAUCUUCACUGAACAACUAUCCUUGGAAUUCAUUGAAGAAGUUCCUGAUGAAUCCAUCUCAGACGGCCCCGUGGUAUCCUAUUUGCCUCAUCACCCUGUCAUCAAAGAAACUUCGAAGUCAACAAAAGUAAGAAUUGUGUUCGAUGGGUCUGCCAAAACCAACAAAGUUAGUCACUCCCUAAACGAUCAUCUUCAUACCGGAGAACGACUACUACCUGAUAUUGCUGCCAUAAUGCUUCGUAUUCGACAACACAACAUUCUCAUCUCCGGCGACAUCGAAAAAGCAUUUUUGCAACUUGUGCUUCAUCAAACCGACAGAGACGUGACUCGUUUUCUCUGGAAAGACCCUACAGAUGGACAUCUCAUUUGCUAUCGCUAUCGCAGAGUUCCAUUCGGACUAAAACCAUCACCGUAUCUUCUCAACAAAACAGUUCGGACUCAUUUGGAAUCAUAUGAUCAUACCUGGGCUCAAGCCAUGAUCAACUCAUUCUACGUCGAUAAUGUCUUCAUGGGAUUGGACACCGCCGAAGAAGAUAUGGAUUUCUACGUUUUUGCCAAGAAAGUAUUCGCUGAAGCUCAAAUGAACCUAUGUCAAUUCUGCUCGAAUUCUUCAACCGUCAACACCUUCUUCGUCAAGCAUGAAAAGGAUACAACGAUUGACCGUAACCAGAAAAUUCUUGGAAUCUCAUGGGACACCGAAACCGAUGAAAUGAUCUUCAUGCUUCCAGUACCCAAAACAGAACUUCUAACGAAAAGGAAAAUCUUGAAAAUCAUCGCUUCUUGCUAUGACCCUCUCGGAUUUCUGACACCCGUUACACUAUACGGUAAACUAUUCUUCCAACAACUUGCUACCAAAGAUCAGAGCUGGGAUCUUCCGUUGUCACUCAAUCAACAUGACUCAUGGAAAAAUGUUUGCACAAAAUGGACAGGAUCAGAAUGGCGCCUGAAAAGGAAACUCUUCCCCGAUAACUUCAACAUCAAGACAGAUCAAUUGGAACUACACAUCUUCACAGAUGCCAGUCAACUUGCUUACGGCUCAGUUGCAUAUCUUCGGAUCACACAGUCGAAUGGAAAAGCAGAUUCCAACUAUCUUCUAUCCAAAUCGAGAGUAGCUCCAGUCAAGUCCAAGUACAGUAUACCACAACUGGAAACUCUCGGGAUUCUCACUGGAGUUCGUCUUGGAAACUACUGCUUCCAACACAUUGGUCUCAAGAUACAUCAAGCAUACGUCUGGAGCGACAGUCUCUGUAGCAUUGAUAGUCUUCACACAAAAUCGACUUCUGGUAGCAGAUUUGUCAAAAACAGAGUACGAGAGAUCAACGAACUCGGAGAACGAUUCAUCUUUUCUCACGUUGCCGGAAAAAUCAACCCUGCAGAUUUUCUCACCCGUGGACUACCAUUCGAAGAGCUGAAACAAUCGGAGUUAUGGCUCAAAGGACCGACAUUUCUACAAUCUUCUGAUCCACUUCCACUACGUCUCAAUUCAAAUUCAAUUGCAACAACUACCGUCACCUCUGCCCUAUCCAUCUCCCACCCUCCAGCAAUCAACGUUACCAGAUUCAGCUCAUUCCACCGUCUCCUUCAUAUGGUCAUGAUAUUGAUUCACUUCAUCACUCGCGGAAAAUGCUCAACACAAGAAAAAAUCGCUCGUUCGAAACGACUGAUUUUCCGAUUGGCUCAACGAAUCGAUCCUCCUUCUCCUGAAACAAUCCAAGCUCUUCAACUACACAAGGAUCAAGACAAUGACCUUUGGAUGUUCGAUGGACGUGUACCCUCAAGACCGCUGAUCUUCCUUCCAAAAGGAGACAUUUGUUAUCUUCUGAUAAUGGAAACUCAUCAACGAUACUUUCAUUCAAGUCCAUCAUUCACCCUCUCCAAGAUCCGUCAACAUUUCUGGAUUCCAAAGGGCAUCUCCUACAUUAAAAGAGUAUGUCAACAAUGUCUUGGAUGCCGCCGUAUCAACAUCACUCCGUUUACUCAACCACCAUUCCCUCCAAUUCCGGACAAACGGACAACACAUUCCAAUCCCUUCCAAUUCACUGGAACCGAUUAUGCUGGUCCCCUUCUCGUCAAGAUCAACAAUUCACCACAAAAAGUAUGGAUCAUCAUCUUCACUUGCCUCUACUCCAGGUACACCAUGGCCGAAGUCGUAACAGACAUGAGCACCAGCUCAUAUCUCAACGCCCUCCGACGACUCUCUGCAUUGUUUGGAACACCAAAGCAACUCCUGUCAGACAACGCUUCACAAUUCAAACUUCUAGAAGAUGUGUUCAAAUUGAUCAAGAACAAAAUCUCUUCAAACGUCAACAUCAUGGAUUCAACUACGUUCCCCACCAUUCACUACAUCACACCUCAUGCACCAUGGGAAGGAUCUGUAUAUGAACGCAUGGUUUCACUCAUCAAGAGAGCACUUCUCCGAGCUGGUUCCUCAACAACACUCUUCGAAUUGGAUGACUUCCGUACACUCCUUGCCGAGUGUGUCAGCACCAUCAACAUGCGCCCUUUGACCUAUCAGACCACCGAUGAGAAUAUCGAACCACUCACUCCAACGGACUUCGUAUUCCCUCAAAGACGGCCGUCAAAUGACUUGCUCAUUUUGAACACACCUCAAGACUUUGACGAUCUUCCAUUAUCGAAACGAUCAUUGGCUGAGGAUUGGCAACGUCUGUCAUCAAUGACGGAAACAUUCCAACGGAAAUGGCACCAAGACUACAUCAGCGUUCUACAAGCUAGAAGAGACUUCUCUCAUCCUCAAGGAAAGACUUCUAGCUAUCAGCCUGAAAUUGGAGACAUCGUCCUCAUCAAUCAACCAUCCAGCAAAUCGGCUAUCGUCAAAAACGGAAAAACAAAAAGGAUCGUGGAAUAUCCACUCAAACUCCUCUUUCCCUUGGAAAGACCACCAGAUGUUCAACAAUCUACAAAUGACUCAUCUUCCACGCCGACAGCUGACGCCAAUGAUUCAGUUCCAAACCCAACUUCAACUGAAUCCACAACUACAGACAAUCAAGGACCGCAACUACGACGAUCAACCAGACUGAGGAUGCCCACUCAAUUCUUCUCAGCAAUCACCAUUUUGGCACUCAUUACUGGAUCAUCAGGAUUCGAAAUUUGUCAAUGUACAACAACAACGAUACCUACCACCACUGACUCAUCACCAACUACUUUCGGCCAUCUUCAUCAAUGGAUCACUAUCGUAUUGUUUCUACUAAUGUUCUUUGGAAUUUAUGGAUGGAUCAACUUCAUUCUCAUACUACAAUGUCUCUUCACGUGGAUCGAAAAAUGCAUUCAAUGUGUGUUCUCAAUCGUUCGUCUCGGAUCGAAACAAUGUCGUCAACACCGUCAAAUUUCUCCAACCAUCAUCGUACUCCUAUGUCUGAUUCAAGGAUCUUACAGUUGCAACGAAAUUGCUUCUAUUCAAGGUACAGAUGAUGUAUGCACCGCUUCAGCCGAUGGAAAAACUUGUCAUCUCAACAAAGUCGUCUCAAUCAACAUCCGUCCCAACAGUCAAGUCGGAUGUUUCACCAUCUCCAACAACGUCAAAGAAGUCAAAACCAUCGAAGUACGAGCAAACUCCAUCAUCUCCGAAUGUAACGAAAGAAGCCAUCACUUCACCCGCCAGAUGAAGAUCAAUCAUUUCUCCUCACAUCGAUGUGCCGGUAUGGGAAGUUGCAAAGGAUCUACAUGUGAAAACUUGAAUGCAGAGGAUGGCGUUCCCGAAUUCCCAGCAAUAGCCAUGGAUGGACCAGGAUUCAGUAGAUGCUACAGAAGCUGCGGAUGUGUCACCUGUGAUUGCGGAAGUUGCUCACCAUCAUGUCUCUUUUCCAGAAUCAGUGCAGAGCCCACUUCAUUUUCUAUAUAUGAAAUUUUCCAGUGCCCGACAUGGAACACACGGUUGGAAAUCAGUGUCACUAUCAACAACAAUACCACAGUCUACGAAGUUGAUCAUGGCAUUCCACUAAAAUUGGAGGAUAACAUGUCCCUGAUUGUCACUGGUUUCUCGAUUCCACCAAGCCCAAUUCAUGGAGCACUAUUCUUGAGAAGGAUGAACUUGGACGGAAUAUCGGACAUCUCCUACUCCCUAUCUCAGCCUGCUCAAGCGGGAAGACCUCUUCGAGGAACAUUCAGUGAAGUCCAAUGUGCCACUGCUAAGGACGCAACCGACUUCAACUGUUUGUUUGACGAAAAUGUUUGCACUUGUAUCACCCAAGGAGUUGCUCUGAAAUGCGAAUGCGAAGUAUUGGACCUCGAAGAAAUCAUGAAUCGAAACAUGAUUAACAAUACAGCUAUUGAAGGUUCCAUUAUGCUGAAGCGUCAAGGAAACAAAGUCACUACACAUUUGACAUCGUCGAGUAUCCUCUCUGUUCAACUCCAUUUGGCCAACUACACUGUACACCGUUUGGUCAAGGAAGACAAAUGUGAAAUUACGAAGACUAUCCUCUCAGGUUGUCAUUCCUGCAGUUCUGGCGGUCAACUUACUGUUCUCUGUAAGUCCUCACAUUUCCCUCAAAUAGUUUCUAAUAUAGAAUGCUCUACCUUCACUUCUUUUGCCAAUUGUUCCACUGACGGAAAGAUGUCUAUUAUCCCCAUACUCACCAAUCAUGUCAAUGUCGUGGAGAACUGCACCAGUUCUUGUGGACCGGAGAAAUUCCAUUUCGCCAUCAAUGGAUCCUUAUCUACUAUACCGACCUUCAACAACAAGCUCUCCACAGGAUUUUUCCAUGUGCAAGAAUUGAUCACUGCGGAUACAAUUUGGACUAACAUAUCGGAAUUUGUAUCUUCUGUUUGGGAGAAGAUGUAUGAAUAUUUCAUUUCCUUAAUCGACAAUUGGAUUUCCUCAUGGCUCUGUUUAUUCAUCAUCAUUCUUCUUCUACUAUGCUGUUCCCGCCGUCGCUGCCGUUCCCGUUUUCCUGGGGAGUAUCGACGUCGAUAUCGUCGAGCUCAAUAUCGAAGGAGAUUUCAGCCGAAUCGUGGAGGAAACGGACUGACUGACUUCAACGUCGAAGAAGUGCUGAAAAUCUCUGACGUCUGGUUUGCUUUGCUACCAUUUUAA